AUGUCGGUCGUCAAAGCGAACCAAACGGCAUCCGAUGAAAUCGAAAUGCUCCAAAAAAUGCUCGAACUCGCCAAACGAAGGAAAGAAAACGAGAGUAAGGAAGAUUUGAGCGUUUCUUCGGGAGGGAAAAGCGACGGAUCUGGGUACGAAGGCGCGUCGUUUAACGUGAAGACGUUUAACGCGAUUGCCCCGACGGGUUUGGAAAAGUUCCCGCAGGGGAAGUAUAAAGUUGCCGGCGAUGAGUCGGAUUUGCCCGGUCCGCCGAUGGCGAUCAUGCUUCGCUCGCACAAGCUGCAAGUGAACGAAGUGAAACCGACGGUUCGAGCGAUCGUGAGAUGCGGCGCGGGGACGAACAACAUUCCGGUGAAAGAGAUGGGUGAGAGAGGUAUUCCGGUGUUUAACACGCCCGGGGCGAACGCGAACGCGGUGAAAGAACUUGUCGUGUGCGGGUUGUUGUUGGCGUCGAGAGGCAUCUUGGAAGGCGCGAACCACGUGAAGAACGUGAUCAACGUGGAAGAAAAGGGCGAGCACGAGAAAAUUGCGACGAGAAUUGAGAAGGAUAAGGCGAAGUUUGGCGGGACGGAGAUUCAAGGGAAGACGAUCGGGGUGAUCGGGUUAGGAGCGAUCGGAAGUCGCGUCGUCAACGCUGCUUUAGGUCUCGGCAUGAACGUCGUUGGCUACGAUCCGGUCUUAUCCGUCGAUGCCGCUUUAGCUUUACCCGGGGACCGAAUGGUUAGAGUCACCGAUCUCAACGACCUCUUCAAGGUUUCCGAUUAUAUUUCCAUCCACGUCCCGUACAUCAAAGGCGUCACGCACCAUUUGAUCGACGCCAAAGCGUUACAGAUUUGUAAACCGAACGUGUGCAUCUUGAACUUUGCCAGAGGUGAAAUCGUCGACGGUGCCGCCUUGAAAGCCGGCUACGACUCGAAAAUGUUGACCGGUAAGUACAUUUCCGAUUUCACGGACGAAGCGUUGCGCGACGACCCGCACUUGAUCGUCUUGCCGCACUUGGGCGCCUCCACCGAGGAAGCCGAGGACAACUCCGCCGCGAUGGCUGCGGAAACUUUGAUGGACUUUUUGGAAACCGGGACGAUCCGAAAUUCCGUCAAUUUCCCGACGACUAUUUUAGCGCCGCACGUGAACUCCUCCGGCGCUCGAUUGACCAUCGUCAACAAAAACGUCCCCGGCGCUCUCGGUGAAAUCACAUCCUUCUUAGGGUCCAAAGGCGUCAAUAUUUUGCAGCAAAUUAACACGUCUCGAGAUCCGGUGGCGUACACCGUGAUUGAUUUGGCGGAAAUUCCGGAAGAUCCGUCUGGAUUACAGGAAGAAAUGGCGAAAGUGUGUCCGGACGUCGUCUCGUCUCGAUUCAUCGGAUCCGUCUUUAACGACACCUUGGGUCAACCGGGCGCGUACUUCUACGUCAAAUGGGCGCAAGGCGAAUUGCAAGGGGAAUGA